AUGGAAGCUUUGUGGAAUUUGGAGGACAAACUCAAGCUUUCAACUCAAGAAGCACUUGUUCUAUUAGUAUGUGCUGCUUUCGCCAUCGUUGGUAUUUGCGCGGCGACGAUACUAAAAAAGAAGAAGAAGAAGAUGGGAAUAAAAAAACAACUUCCCGACCAUGAUGGCAUGGUCACCAACUGCGAUGAGUCUAUGAGAACUAAAUGUUCCGAAUCCGAGACAAGGUGUGGUUGGUUUUCGAUAAAGAGGGUGUUGAUGGGGACGGUGAGGUGGAGUAGAGCAAACAAAUGGGAGGAAAAAAGAGUUGGAUCAGGUUCGAGAGAGAGGCCUACACCAUUGCUUGGAAUGAUGGAAGGGAGUGAAUUUGAUGUGGGUUGGCAAAGCCAUAACUCGGAGUCACCAGUGUGGCAAAGGCCUAUACUUAUGGGGGAGAAGUGUGAGUUGCCGAGGUUCAGUGGGCUUAUUCUCUACGAUGAACGAGGCAGGCAGCUUAGUGAUCAGUCUCAUCAAGAAAUAUCUUGCAAAGAGAACAUUCAUCCCCAGGUAAAAACAGCAGCUGUUGUGAGAAAUACUCUCAGGGAUUUGCUGUGAUCUUCUUUUUUUGGAUUUUUCUUGUUCUUUGUUCGCUAUCCCAAUGUUGCUCUAAGCAAUGCUGUAAUGCAGCGAGCUGUUCCAAGAUCUCAAGAGAGUGGGAUGUUUUGAGAUGAGGGUUACAAUUACAUAAAGAAGUACCAGUAGGUUAGAAUGAUUGUAGAAGUAUUUGGUAAGCAGGCAAUG